AUGGGUCUGCCGACGCUGGAGUUUAGUGAUUCUUUCCUGGACAGUCCGGAGUUCAGAGAGCGACUGCAGUGCCAUGAGAUAGAGCUGGAGCGCACCAACAGGUUUAUAAAAGACCUCAUCAAAGAUGGAAACAUGCUCGUAUCUGCACUCAGGAGUCUUUCUCUUGCUGUUCAGCGGUUCUCUCAGUCUCUACAGGAGUUCCAGUUUGAAUGUAUCGGAGACGCAGAGACUGAUGAUGAAAUCAGUAUUGCUCAGUCUUUAAAGGAGUUCUCUCAGCUGUUGAGCACCAUGGAGGAGGAGAGAAAACGACUGAUCCAGAACGCCGAUGACGUGUUGAUCUCACCACUCGAGAGGUUUCGUAAGGAGCAGAUUGGAGCUGUUAAGGAGGGAAAGAAGCAGUUUGACAAGGAGACAGAGAGGUACUACUCUGUCCUGGAGAAACACCUCAGCAUCUCAUCCAAAAAGAAGGAAUCACAGCUACAUGAGGCUGAUUCACAGAUGAGUAAGGACAGGCAGGUGUUUUAUGAUGCAUCGCUGCAGUAUGUCUUCAAGAUCCAAGAAGUGCAGGAGAGAAAGAAGUUUGAAUUUGUGGAGCCGUUAUUAGCCUUCCUGCAGGGGUUGUUUACAUUCUACCAUGAAGGCUACGAGCUGGCCAGUGAGUUUGAACCCUACAAGCAGCAGCUUCAGUUCAAUCUGCAGAAUGCUCGCAACAACUUUGAAAGUACGCGUGCUGAGGUUGAGAGGCUGAUGAAGAGGAUCCGCUCUGCAGAGGAAGACUUCAAAGCCCCCAGUUGCUUUACAAUGGAGGGAUAUCUGUACAUACAGGAGAAACGUCCACUGGGCAGUGUGUGGACCAGAUACUACUGUACUUAUCAGAAAAGCUCCAAGAUGUUCACCAUGAGCAACACAGAGUCCAGACCAGCCAGCAGACAGAACGGCGUGGUGAAUGGCACUCCUGAGAUGUUCAGGCUGCGCUCAUGUGUCAGAAGGAAGAGGGAUUCAAUUGACAAACGCUUCUGCUUCGACAUUGAGGUGGUGGAGAGACAUGGCGUCAUCACCCUGCAGGCGCUCUCAGAGGCCAACAGGCGGCUGUGGAUGGAGGCAAUGGAUGGAAAAGAACCUAUUUACACUCUGCCUUCUUUGCUCAGUAAAAAGGAGGAGACAUUUCUCAACGAAGCUGGCCUCAACUUUGUUAAGAAGUGUAUCGAGCUGGUUGAAACAAGAGGCCUCACUACGCUGGGACUGUACAGAACUGGGGGAGUCAACUCCAAAGUGCAGCGGUUGAUGACGAGUGUGUUUGCAUCCACAGCUCCUGCUGACAUGCAGCUGGACGCAGACAUCUGGGACAACAAGACAAUCACCAGCGGCUUAAAGAACUAUUUCAGGUGUCUGGCAGAACCACUGCUGACCUACAGACUACAUAAAGAAUUCAUCAGGGCUGCAAAGUAUGAUGACCAGACGUAUAGAGUGAGAGCUAUUCACGCUCUUGUACACAAACUACCAGAAAAGAAUAGAGCAAUGCUAGACCUCUUAACCAACCACCUUCACAAGGUCUCCUCUCACAGUGACCAGAACCUGAUGACCGUGUCCAACCUGGGAAUGAUCUUCGGGCCCACGCUGAUGAGGUCACAGGAAGAGACGGUGGCUGCCAUGAUGAACAUCAAGUUUCAGAACAUUGUGGUGGAGAUCAUCAUUGAAAACCACCACAAGAUUUUCAGUGAAGCCCCUGACCUGUCAGUGCCGCUACCUCAGGCUCCGUCCACGCGGUCGACUCCUCGGAGGAGCAAGGCCAUUUGUCUUUCGUCUGGAAAGAGGAAAGCGCGUCUCUACCCUCCUGCUCUCUGCCUGGCAGACAACGACAGUGACACAUUCAGUAGCAGUCCUGGCACAACUCCAAUGGGCAGCCAGGAGUCUUUGUCCUCACACUCGUCCGAAAAGAACGGAUUGUCUCAGACCUCUCCUCCGUCCUCUCCUGCCGAGGAGCCCAGCUCGUCCUCAGCUGCGCAGGUGUCUCCUCCUGAAGCUUCCUCCUGCUCCCCGUCCCACAACUCCUCAAACGGGAAUAAUCAAAGCCACCGGACAGACACCGCUGCCUCUCCUAACCUCACUCCUUCCUCUUCCUGGACUUCCUCCCAGCUCACUCCGGCCCAGCAGACUUCCUCUGUGUCCUCCUCUGCGUCCUCUUUACUCUCUUCAGAGAGGACUCUGUCUGCUAAAGGAAACUCCACCACCUCCUUGUCAUCGGUAAAAGAGUCAAGGUCUCCCUCCGUAGCCUCCUCAUCCAUCCUUUCUUCAGUGGAGCGCGUUUGCUCUCUCAGGGAGACUCGACCUGUUCAGAGAGUGUCGUCUGUCUCCUCUCUAAAGAGCACUCAGUCAAUGGAUCAAAAAAACACCUCCUCCACUGUCACAGACACCAGAGUGAUGGACUCUACCUCUCCUCAGCAACACAGAAAAACUUACAGGACUGCCUCCUCCUCCUCUUCCUCCUCCUCUUCAUUGUUUCCCUACCAUCUUUCUGAAUCUUCCUCUCUAACCUCCCUACACAUCUCUGAGGAUUACAAAAGCUGUCAUGGAUCGGUACAGAGUCUCGUGUCGCUGGACCCACAUGAAGCAACCCACGUGCGGAAACAUGCCCGCUGUUCCUCCGAUCUGACCACCAGACACUCUGCAGCCGCCGCAUCCAGCAACGGCUACCAGAAGCCUGGAUCAGUAUUAUCAGUCAGACUACCGCAGCGUGAGAGCUCAGUGUUCUCCUCAGCAUUAGACAUCUGCUCUUCAGGAAAGGAGGCAAAAGCUCUUUACUCCUGUGAGGCAGAACACAGCCAUGAGCUCAGUUUUCCACAGGGUGCGCUGUUCUCAAAUGUGUACCCGUCUGUGGAACCAGGUUGGCUUCAGGCGACGUACAACGGCAAAACGGGCCUCAUACCUGAAAACUACAUCACAUACCUGUGACAGAGCCGAGGAUGUCAUCACCGUGUCACAGAGCAACACAAAGACGUAAUGUAGACUUUAGAAAUCUACAGUGCAGUAAAACAGUAAUACUCUGCUGCUGAUCAGAUGUAAUAUAUUGAUCAUGUAACUGUGACUGUUAUCACUGAUGUACUGGGGCUGGAUAUGAACGACGUGUGUACUGUGUGUAUAUCAGACUACUGUAUGUGAACCGUGUUAUUAACCAGCUUAAAACCAGUAGAUGAUAAAAAAAAAACUGUCCUUUUCAUUUAUUUAGGAGUUGUCAGCUCCUCGAACGUGUUUGUGUUCAGCUGCUUCGCUGCAAUCAUGAGAACACUGUUGGGUGAAAUGUGUCUGUAAGGUAAACAGUAUUGUUUCAAUUGAUGUUGGUAAUUUAUGUGUUUAGAACUCAUCAUGUUAAUGUUGUAGAUGUGUGUCCAGAGAUACUUGGAGUAGUAUAAGACUGAAUCCUGCCUUAACACCUUCCUUCUGUCAUCUGUCAGUUUUCACGCUGUCUAAAUAAACACUGUCCUUAUAUUACAGCA